GUCACACAUAUGCACUCAAAAGCGUCAGCCGCAGCCUUUUCACGUCAAGCCGCCGCCGUGGUCUCCGAGACUUCUAAGCCUCUGGGAGUUGAAGUCCCUUCAGGGAGCGAAGUGGAAUAAAAGCGAGACUUAUCGAGAAGCGAUCCGAGGUUAAGGACUGGCUACCGCCUCGCUCAGUAAUGAAAGAUUUCACCUUCAAAAUUGCCUCUUGAUUGUAUAAAGACACAAAAUAAUCAAUAUGUCGACCGACAUUCUCCCAACAUCUCCUGAGUCAGAUUGUGUGAAAACAAAGCUGGACCUGAGUGAGAAUCCGGAGGAGCAUUCUAAGCCAAGUUUGGAUAAGGGAGAAGCCCCUGAGCACUUGUCCAAGCGACAGAUGAAGAAACUAAUGAGGCAGAAACAGUGGGAAGACCAACGAGAACUCCGCAAGCAAAAACGUAAGGAAAAACGCCAGAGAAGAAAAUUGGAACGACAGUCGCACCAGGAGUCAAACACAGAUGGCCACGACAGGAAACGUUUUCGAAGUGAUGUUGUUCCCAGUCCACUCCGCCUUAUUGUUGACUGCAGUUUUGACAACUUGAUGGUCUCAAAGGAUAUUAAGAAGCUUCAUAAACAGAUUCAGAGAUGUUAUGCAGAAAACCGUCGAGCAUCACAUCCUGUACAGUAUUAUUUGACCAGCCAUGGAGGUCAGCUGAAAAAGAUCAUGGAUGAAAAUGACAAAGGAUGGGUCAACUGGAAGGAUAUCCAUAUCAAGCCAGAGCACUAUAGUGAACUUAUGAAGAAGGAGGACCUGGUAUAUCUUACCUCAGAUUCACCUAAUGUACUGAAGGAACUAGAUGAAUCCAAGGCCUAUGUGAUUGGAGGGCUGGUGGAUCACAAUCACCACAAGGGUAUCACAUAUAAACAAGCAUCAGAGCAUGGAAUUCAUCAUGCACAGCUCCCCCUGGGGGAUUUUGUGAAAAUGAAUAGUCGAAAAGUGUUAGCUGUUAAUCAUGUUUUUGAGAUUGUAUUGGAAUACUUGGAGACGAGAGACUGGCAGGAAGCAUUUUUCAGCAUUCUUCCUCCACGGAAAGGCGCUGUCCCUGCAAACAAAGUUUGUGAAAGGUCUUCACAGGCACAAAAAUCUGCUAGGGCUAAAGAUGAGGUAGAGAGCAACUCGAGUGCAGAGGAAAGUACUGAAACUCCACCGGACCCAAUAACACAAGAAGGAGAGGGGCAGGAAAGAGCCAGCAGCACAUGACCCUCGGCAUCUCAUCAUCUCCAAAGUCUUACUUAGGAAAAGAGGAAGACUCCAAGGUGCCGUUACUUCUGGCAUUGGAAAGGAAAUCUGCAUUUGUUUUAUACCCUUAAUUUAGUUUCAGCAAUUAUUGUUCUAAUUGGAAAAGCCCUUUGAAGACUAAAAGAUCACAGUUUUUUAAAUUUAUCUUCAACUGGUUAGAAUAUGAGAGUUCCUAAAGAAUUACUACUUGAUUGAUUGAUCAUUAUUGAAUUGGAGCAUACACGAAUGGAUUGCACAUUGGGCCUGGAGUAAGGAAGAUCUACCUCAGACACUCACUAACUGUGUGACCCUGGGCAAGUCACUGCCCUGGCCUCCUCAGCUAUAAAAUGACUACCGGAAUGGCACCCCUCUCACAGGGUUAUUGAGAGCAUUCAACCAGAAUAAAUUUGUAAACCUCAAAGUGUUAGGUAAAUGUUAGCUAUUCUUAAUGUUAUUGAUAUUCUUUCGGACCUCCUGUUUGCCUUUAUGUCUAGAAGUUCGUAUAAAUGUUUUACUGUUGUCUGGAGCUGCCUGAACCAUCUUAGGCUCUUCCAUGAUGGCAGCAUAGUUUGUGAACACUCAGGAAGCCUACCUGAAUGCUCCGUUUGGUGGAAUCUUUGAUCUAAGAUGCCAUUUGGUUACUUUUUUAAAAAAAGUAAAUUUUUAUGUUUGUUUUUCCUCUCCAUCCAAUUCUAAUAUAAUUGUUCUUCUCUCCUCCUAUUCCUCUCCCAUUCUUCAAAGGAAAAAAAUUGACCUCAAAGUAUCUGUAAUUUCUGUUGUUUGGUUCAAUCCAGUCCCAGGCUUCUCCCAGCCCCUCCCUGUGUUACUGACCCAGCUCCACACAUUUUUAUCUUUUUAUUCUACCUUGGGAAUCUUCUGAACUAUAUUUAAAACCCUCCCUUUCCCUUUAUUUGGCCCAUCUCACUCUCCAGCUUUUCUUCUUUUCAUUGUACUAGGUCAGUCUUUUUAAUAUCAUUUUUUGAAACCUUAGUUUGCCAUUCCCAGCUAAAAGGAAAGCUCAAGAGAUCCCUACUUUCUCUAUUCCCACCUCUAUGUCUGAAAAAUCUUAUUGUUUUCUUCCUUGCCUCUCCUUCCUUGAGGAUGAUUGUUAUUGUUAGUUUUGCUUUUUCAACCUCCAGUGGAAUUUGACAUUCCCCUCCUCCCCCAUUUGACCUCAGGAGAAAUUGGGACUAUGAAGGCUUUUCUUUAUUUUGCCCUUUUGAGGUCCAUCUUUUUUAUUUUUUAACCUUUCUUAAAUUUCCUUUGCUGUGUUUGCUUUCAAAAGCCCUUGCAACAGCUUUGGUUUUCUCACGAAGAAUGUUUAAAAGUUGUCCAUUUCUGAACACUUAGCUUUUCAGGAUAACAUUGUUGAGUAUAGAUCUUUUUUCCUUUGGGUUUUGGGUGAUAUUUUUUAGUCUCUUUUCUUUAUUGUUGAUAUGUCCUGGCAUAUUAAUAAUUGGAGUCCUUUAGUAUGGUCUAUUUCACUUUAUAGUAUUUUUUUUUUCACUUGGGAGUUCUGGGGAAUUUGGCAGUCACAAAUUCAAAAUGUGUUCUCACAAAUAUACACACACACAAAUAUGAAUUUUUUUUUCUCACUAUCAAAUCAUGUUAAAAUAGCUCUAGUAAUUCUCUAAUGCUGCUAAUUCUAAACUGUGAAUUCCUUGCAUACACUUUGCACUUUGGUUCUUAUACUUCUGGGAAACUUUCAUCUAUUUAAGCUCUAAAUAUCAUGGUCAGAUUUUUUGGUUUUGUACUUUUGGGGGAAUGUAUCAAUUCUUAUAUUACCUCUUAUCCUCUUUUUUAGUUCAGUUGUUUUUGACUAGUUCUCACAUAUUCUUCCAAUUUUUGACUUUCAUCUGGUAUAUUUUGUUGUAUUAAUAUUUUUGAGUUACAUUUCUUCCAUAUUGUUUUUCAGUGUCCACUACUUUGAUAAGGUUUCCUAGCUUUUUUUUCCUAAGGUGCCAUACCUUCCACUUGCUCUCUUUUUUCAGAUCUUUUUAAAGAUUUUUCAUCUACUCCUAAAUGUCUUGCUGCCAUGCUGAAUUUUUUUUCUCAUAUUUUUUUUUCCUUGAGGAAGUAAUGGAGUAUCCUGAGUGAGCUUCCCUUACCUCUUAGUACUUCUUAAAUGUGUUAGAAGUUUAGCUUUAUUCAAUUUCCCAUCUACUUGCUGCUUUCUCAUUUUUGCUUCCUCCUAGCCUUUGUGGAAAUUUAAUUCCCAGAAUUCCCCCAUUUGAGUGUUUGUGGACUAUAUUUGAGACAUUAUGAAUGCAGUCUCUGUGAAGGGCCCUACGAGGAACUUUGGUGUAUGAUUGAAGAUACUCUAGUGUGACAAGAAGAUAGAGAAUCAGGGUUGGAAAUGCCAGUAUUGGUUACUGAUAUAGCCUGUGUUAACCGUAAAAAUUUCCCAGUGAAUGCCUACCUGAACUGCAACAAAUUCCAGAUUUCUUGUGCAGCAUUAUGGCAAAUGGCAGGUAGCUUUUAUAUAGUGCCAAACUCAAAUGGUUCCCCCAGAAAGCUCCAUUGACUAUCCUAUCUGCUGCUGACUCAGGGAAUCAGGAUUUAAGUAGAGCACCUGGGGGAGGGGAAGAGGUGUAAUAAGGGACUAUUUUGAUUGGUAAUUGAUAACUAAAGAUCAGGCUGUUAUCUUUCUUCCUCCCUCCCUUCUUCUUGUUGAUUCUUCUUCUGGUUUCUCUAAAUCAACUCAGGGUGAGUUCUAUGAUGUCUCAAAUGAAAUACUUUUUCUCUUCUUUAUCUUAAUCAAGGAGUUUAUUGGGGAGGACAGGGAAGGAUAAGGAAUGGAAGGAAGGAGGAUUUUGGGGUUACCCUAAUACUAAGAUGAAUCUUAGAUUGAAGGGUGGUGGAAUAUAGAGCUAAUCAGGGAGAGAGAGAGCUGGACUUCAUCCUUCUUUUUUCUGUCUUCAAAGCCAAAAACCACCUUUAGAUUUCAGUCUCAAAAGUCAAGAGAAAACAGACUCCUUCCCUCUUUCAAGCCAGAAAGGAUCCAGCCAUCAAUUGGUCUCCUCCAACUGCUUCUUCCGGUCACAUUCUAAAUAGAAUAUUCUCAUUUGAAUGAUAGGUCAUCAGUCUCAGCUGCUCCAAACUCCUGCUACAAAAUCAUUCUCAAUUUCUUACUUCCACAGAGGGCUGAUUGUGUAUUUCUGUCCUACCUGAUGGGUAAAAGACAGUGAGGUUUAAGCUUUAAACUUCUCCUGUCUCUGGAGCCCUCUCUGGGAGGGCUGGGCCACAACAGCAAGGCUCACGACAGGAAGCUCAAUAAUAUAUCCUUGUGUAACUUUCUAGUUUUCUAUGGGAAUUAUUCCUUGCUGGGUACCCUCUGUCUCUUUUCUUGUUCAUUGUUCCCUCAUUUUUCUCCUAUAUUGAAGGUGUGGGACAGAGGUAGAAAUGCUGGGUUUUAUUGGAGGCCUCACUCAACCAUGUUGCCAGAAAUCUACAAAAGAUUUACAAAAAGUGGUAGGUCAAAAGACUCAGGUUUUUUUGGUUUAUUUUAAUUUGUUAAAUGGAUAACAACCUUUCUCAGGUCUCUUCAUUCUUGUCACUGAGAGAAAAUUAUUGGACUGUUUGGUUAUUUCCUGAAUUUAUACUCAAAUGCAGGCAUGGAUUUUGGUAGCUUUAUCGUCAAGAAAUUAGUUUUGGUUUUGACUUGAUGUACUACUUUCAGAAAGAAAAAGACCAGGGGCAGCUGGGGAGCCAAGCCUAGAGACAGGAGGUCCUGGGUUCAAGUCUGGCUUCAGACACUAACCUCCAUUGCCUAGCCCUUACUGCUCUUCUGUCUUGGCACCAAUACAUAGUAUUGAUUCUAAGACAGAAGGUAAGGGUUUUUUUAAAAAAGGAAAAGAAAAAAGAAAGAAAGAAAAAGACCUGUAUUGUGUCUUCUUAGAAAUUCUGCUACCAAAUUCUGGCCACAUUUGAAAGCUAAUUACAUAUGUAAAAAUAUAUAUCUACCUUGUCAGUGCCACUGGCUAAUAUAAAAAUAUGUAUAACAUAAAUAUAUGUAUAUAAUGGAGGAUAUGCAAAUAAUUAUUUAUACACUCCAUUAUACAAAUGUUUUGUGAGCUUGUUAAUCUGUGAUAAUGAAGGCAUUGUAUUAUGACAGUAGUUACAUGUGUUCAUGCCAUAAAUACAACUCAUAACUAAUGAGUAAUUUGUCUCUGCUAUAAUCUCUGUAAUGUUCUAGUCCUUCCAGACAGAUAUAAACUAUUGUAGCCACAAAACGGCUAAAACAUUUAUGCUGAUGUGAAAAAAAAUUCAACUUUUUUUUUGAGAGUAGGGUUACACCAUGUGUUAGUAGAAGUUUCUGUUAUUAAGUACAAAAGUGAAGCAUUUAAGCAUUGUAUGCUUCCUGGUUUUCUUUUUCCUCACAGGUGAUGUUCAAUUACAUUAAUCUUGGGUAUUAUAAUACAGUUCCCCUUUGUCUCACUGCUGUUUUAAACUAUCAACAACAGAUUGUACUUUGAAAGAGAAAAAUUAGAUUUGGAUUUGUUUUCAUA